CAUCUCCAUCCGCUCCAUCCGCUCCAUCCGCUCCAUCAUCUCCAUCAUCUCCAUCAUCUCCAUCAUCUCCAUCAGUUUCACGGCAACAAGUUCGAUUAAUCGAUUAAUAACCAAUGAUGCAUCGAUCAAUCGGUAAUUGAAUCGAAUUUCGGGUGAGAAGUGAAGUGAAGCGAUUACCUUGACACCUAGAAGUUUGAAAAUAGACAUUAAAAAAAAAUGGAUGAUCACCUGGAGAUGCAUGAAGAGUCCCUGGAUGCCGUGGGUAGUCUCUCGAUCUUACCAGCACCAAUGAAGAAAUCGGACACUCGUGACAGUAUUUCAUCGGUUGACAGCGAUCUCAGUCUGUCAUUCGAUCGUCGUGGAUCCAAGGGUGAGGACGCUGAUUUCUCGGAUUGCAACAGUGGAACAGACGACAACGAGAGGCUGUCAGACUCUCAGAACAAGUGUGAUAAUAGAGUUAAUAAUUUAAACAACGGAGAAUCUAUUGAUGAGAGGCCAGAGGUCCCUAAUGACACCCACAACGAAGAGAUCAUAACUGUGAGUGAUGAUCUAGCUGAGAAAAUAGCCUCCCAGGUGGAAUUUUAUUUCUCAAACGAGAAUAUCGUGAAGGAUGCGUUUCUCCUGAAACACGUAAAGAGGAAUAAAGAGGGAUAUGUCUCGUUGAAACUCAUAUCCAGUUUUAAAAGGGUCAAGCAUCUCAGCAGGGAUUGGCGUGUGGUGGGUGCAUCGCUCAAGGCUAAAUCAAAAAAAUUACAAGUCAAUGAACUGGGGACGAAAUUGAGAAGGCUCGAGCCACUUCCUCAGUUUGAUCAGACGUUACCAUCGAGGACUGUUAUUGCUGCACGAUUGCCCGUUGAAAAAAUAACAAUUGAAUCAGUUGCUGAAUUAUUUGGCCAGUGCGGAGAAAUUGCACUUAUUAGAAUUCUCAAACCCGGACAUCCUGUACCUGCUGAGAUUCGUCAAGCGAUUGCUAAAAAAUCGGAAUUGGGAAGUGAUGAGGAAUGCGCGUUGAUUGAAUUUACGGAUUCAGCAUCGGCUAGGGCUGCCCUGGCCCUUUCCCUCGGGGAUGCCAAGAUGUUUGAGAUGCAGCAAAUAGCCGUGAGUGAUAAGAAACGGAAGCAGCAGCAGACGAAGGAGGGACUGGGUGUUGGGGCGAAAAAGAGCGCUGGGAGCAGAAUUAAUGUGAGGCAAAAUGGGUACAACUCGUCAAGCUGUCCCAGUGGGUCUGAUGAGGAGAUCAGGAGCUGCAGGAUUGCCAGGGUCGGGAAGAAGCUCGAUGGGGUCAAGGUUAAUUAUCCUACGAGUGGACCGCAGCCUAUACCGUAUCAAGGUCCGCCAUCCCCGGAAGUCUGGCUUCCACGUCGAUUUUCCGCCUGUGUAAUAGGAGCGACAGAUCAGCUGGACAACGGUCUCCUCAUGCGAAGAUUGUCAGGCUCCAGUUCAGACACCACAAACUACACGAACUACUCCCGCAGGUUCUCCACUUGUUCCUCAGGAUCGGAGACAGGCUACACCUCACCGAUCCUCCACAAUCAUCACCAGAACAAUCUCUACCCACCGAUGAACUACUGGCCAAACCAGUCCAGGAGAUACUCCUGCUGUGGACAAUCUCCUCCAUUUAAUUAUGGAAAUGGAUUCUACCAGACGACAAGACGAGGCUCCGCCGACUGCGGCCCAUUCCUCCGGAGGCUCUCCAACUGCAGCAGAGACUCUGGGUAUGAGGCCACCAGGAGGCUCUCCUCUUGUUCCUCAUCUUCAGAGUCCUGUGGGGGUUUUAGAUCACGAAGCAACAGUGGAUUCGUCCUCAUGGCGCAUCUCCCGGAGAAUGUCACCAGAAUGCCAUCCGGACCUGAUGGCACUAGGGGUUUUGGAAGGAAUAAUAAUAUUGAGAGCAAUUCCAGUGUUCAGACCUGCGGGUGAAGAGAGUUCUUGGAGGAUUUUUGUGUUAUAUUUAUUUGUUCCAUUCUUAUUGGUGUGUCUAUUCGAGUGGUAACUCUUCCAGGAGAUUAUUCCAUCCGCGGGGAAGUGAUAGAGUCCGAUUAAUUAAUUUCCAUGUUUCAUAUUUUGUCGAGUUAUUUUUAAUGUCCAGAAUCAUUUGUAUUUAUUGUCUAGUUACUGGAAUUUGUGGACGAUUGAUUUAAUUAUCUGGUGAAUGCAAAUUUUGGGGGGAAAUGACAUCAUAUGGAUAGAAUUAAGAUUAUCGUUUUAGUACGCAUUUGCAGUUGUUGCGAGAACUGAAGAAAGAAUUGUGUCGAGAGUCUGAGCAUUCGGUGUGAAUGGAUCUACCGGUAUGUGAUAAAUAUUGCUCAGACGUCUGGAAUUGUGUGAGUGAAACCGUGGAUUUUAUGUAUUUGUAUUAUAUUUUAAAUCAUAGGUCAUGAAUCAUAUUGUUUAUGAAUAAUGUACUGUGAAGUGUAGGUUUUUUUAUGGAUUGAUGGAGGACACAUAUUUCGAAAUAAAUCGAGGUUGAGA